AAAGACUCUGCUAUAGCUUGACCCACAACCCAUCUGAAAUAAUUUUCAAUAAUCCCUUUCCAAUCUAAUUUAGUUUUAAACCCGAUUUUUUUUUGUGGAGAAUAAGCAUUGCCUUACCUUUUUGUUAUGAAGAAACUGACCAAAGUCGGCUAGUGAUAUCACGUAAUUAUAUGCAAAGCCACGCCUUUGGCUUGUUUCUUACAAGUGUAAAACACUGAAAGUGUGUAACGAAUGCAAAAUCUAGAUCGAUUAUUACUAUGGAAGGUUGGCCAAUUUUUUAAGUAACUGAUCGAAUUUGUCUUUCUGAUUUAACGCUGCAGAGAAUGGUCUCAAUUUAAACCUACUUGUUACGAAAGAAUCGAUCUGAUUAGAUGCCCAUAUAAAAAGAGGAAACUAUUUUUUCGGGUGAUAGUCGUGUGCGGAUUCCGAUGCGAGUUAGAUUCAUCGGCGCUGAACAUGAUUGCGACGGUUUUUUUCUACGCCUUAGUGUGUACAGUUUACGCGCUACAGGAUGGACUGGGCGCUUACUCCUCAACAGGACAUUUGCAGGCGAGCCAAACUCAAUACCGUGUAGUGCAACCUGCAGCCACGACUUUUUCCCAUGCUGCUCCGUUAGUUAGAACCUCAAUACCCGUAGUGGAGAAAUACUCUCAUUCUUCUAGCAACUCAAUUUCGGCCACCCACCAGCCUGCAUAUCCAGCUGCAGUUGAGUAUGCAGUCCCUAAAUUGGUUGCCCCGCAGUAUUCAGUCCUUAGAUUGGCUGCACCUGAAUAUUCAGCCCCUAGAUUGACUGCACCUGUAUAUUCAGAGCCUGGAGUUUCUACACGUGAAUAUUCAGGGCCUAGAUUGGCUGCACCUGUAUAUUCAGAGCCUGGAGUUCCUACAUAUGAAUAUUCAGGGCCUAGAUUUGCUGCACCUGAAUAUUCAGCCCCUAGAUUGGCUGCACCUGUAUAUUCAGAGCCUGGAGUUUCUACACGUGAAUAUUCAGGGCCUAGAUUGGCUGCACCUGAAUAUUCAGAGCCUAGAUUGGCUGCACCUGUAUAUUCAGAGCCUAGAGUUUCUACUCCUGAAUAUUCAGAGCCUAGAUUGGCUGCACCUGCAUAUGCUCAGAGCCAUCAGGAAGAAUUUGCUCAUCCACAAUAUGAGUAUGGUUACUCGAUAGAAGACUAUCACAGUGGAGAUUUGCAUUCUCAGCAGGAGCAGAGGAAUGGGGAGCAUGUUUCGGGACAAUAUUCCUUACGGGAAGCCGAUGGGAGCAUUAGGGUUGUGAAAUAUUUCGACGAAGGACAUGGAUUUAAUGCUGUGGUCGAAAAGCUGCCGGGACCGCAGCAGGAGUUUCCCCAAAGCAAAAAUUAGCCUUUAGUGUAUUGUGAUAUUUUUAAUUGUUUCUUGUUUUUUAUUAAAUGUUUAUUUUCUGAUUAGAAAUGAGUCUUU